AAGUCCUGACAGUUUGAAAGUUUACAGAGACCCACUCCUCCUUAAAGAAGUUUAUCUUCAACGCCGAGGAGCUGAACCACUCGCCAAAAUGUGUAAAGGACUUGCAGCUCUGCCCCAUUCCUGCCUGGAAAGGGCCAAGGAGAUUAAGAUCAAGUUGGGAAUUCUCCUCCAGAAGCCAGACUCGGCUAUAGACCUUGUCAUCCCAUAUAAUGAGAAGCCGGAGAAACCAGUCAAGACCCAGAAACCCUCGCUGAACGAGGCCCUGCAGUGGCGUGAGUCGCUGGACAAGCUCCUGCACAGCAACUAUGGACUUGCCAGUUUCAAGAGUUUUCUGAUGUCUGAAUUCAGUGAGGAAAACCUCGAGUUCUGGAUUGCCUGUGAGGAAUACAAGAAGAUCAAGUGCCCUAUCAAAAUGGCUGAAAAGGCAAAGCAAAUUUAUGAAGAAUUCAUACAGACGGAGGCACCUAAGGAGGUGAAUAUUGACCACUUCACCAAGGCCAUCACAAUGAAGAACCUGGUGGAACCUUCCUUGAACAGCUUUGAUGUGGCCCAGAAGAGAAUCCAUGCCCUGAUGGAGAAGGAUUCGCUGCCUCGCUUUGUGCGCUCUGAGUUUUAUCAGGAAUUAAUCAAGUAGUAAUUGGGUCAGAAUUUCGAGAUUGUCCCAUGAGCUAAGUUCUCACGAGAAAUAGCAUUUUCCUAUCACCUUCAUAUCUUCCCAUAGCACCUUUGCACAAAGACUUCAAGCAGGGAAACCCCUGGAGUGUUACUUGCUUUUUUUUUGCUGACUUCCACUUCUUCUCCAUUUCCCCCUUUUAACUAGGGCUACAAAGUUUCCAUCAGUCUCAGAGUCACAGAAAAAUCCUGCCCAACACAAACCUAAGAAAAGCAUAGACUACCAUCAAAUGUAGGCUGAGGAAAUAGAUUUCCACCUAAAUGAGGCUGACAAAGAAUAUUGACAUGAAAGACUAGUUUGGUCUGUCUCAUCAUGAUUCCAUUCUAGUCUUCAUGCUGAUCACCUUCUAAUGAUUUCUGAAUUUGGUUAGUUAAAAGCAGUAAGCGUUUAUGUGCCAGCCACUAUUUGAUUUUUUUAUAUAUCAUUUAAAAUAUUGAUUUCCCCCAGAGCAUCUUUGUGUUAAUUGGAUAAUAUAAAUACAACAAUUAAUAUAUUGUGUUUGUACACAAUAUGAACAAAAUGCAUUUAAAUUCUGCCCUUAAACCUCUUUCACUGCUCUUCUCAUAUAUUUACUAAAUUCUGUUUUGUAUCAAUGACCUAAGAUUGACAAUGGACUUUUACUAAUAUGUCUAUUACUGAGCUAUGGCACAUUUUAAUAUUCAAAUUAAUUUAAUCCUUGUAAGCAUAAAGUGAAUACCAAAAUUUCUAAGAAUAAUCAUAUGAAAUAAAAUGGCUACUAUCCAUUAAAGUGGCCUCCCAUUUCAAUAUUAUGAGCAAUAUACUUAAAAUGGAAAAUGUUAUCCAACUUAAUUAUGGUUAAUUAUCUUAUGAUACCAUCUGUUUAGUAAAUCAUGAUUAUCUUCAAAACACCAACUUAUCUCUGGAAAAAUUCAUAUAACUCUAUGUGGAGACUUUUUGAGCUGAGAGUUUUAGAGUAUCUUGCAUUUUACAAAGCACUGAUAGCCUUUUGCAACCCCAGUCUUCCCUCACUAUUUUGCUUCCUACCUUAAUGAGUUACAAUUAUAGUCAGAACUUCAUAUUUUUACUGCUGACAUACCACACACAGUUCAUUGUAUCUUUUUAAUAAGCUUAAGUUUGAAGUUUGCAUUUCAUUAUUAUAAGAUUUCCUUAAAUUUCUUUUCCUUGGUAGAAUUGGGUAGGCAAUGACUCACAUAACAGUAAUAGUUUCAAACUGACCAUGUAUUGAGGGUAUUCAAGGUGAGGAUUUGGGUUGAUUCAUAAGAAAGAAGGUGGGCUUUUCUAAAGCAUUAAUAAAAUUCUGAAAUGUUUAAAUAGAAAAAAUGACAUUGCUCAGUCUGGUAUUUUCUUUCUAGUUCCCUUUUUUAUUCACAUGCACCUAGUUUUCCGUGCAUCUAGCUCAUUUACUCAGAGAUGUCCCUGGAAUAUUGAAAAUAAAACAGCUACAUUACUUUAUUAUUCAGGUAAACACUGUCUGCCUGCAUUGCCUUUUCUGUGGUUUUGUGAUUUCGAAAGAAAAUCUGGCUGAAUUGUUGGCGUUUUUGCAUUCUGAAAAUGGACUGGAGUGACUGUGUCUGCUGCCAGCAGUCACAAUUGGUAGAACUCAUUCAUAUUUGUCAAGAUUGUUCACUGCAGAAAAGUUCUUUUCCCAGUCAGUCUACAGCUAAGUGGAAACAACUCUAUGGGCAUGGGGUCUUCAGUGUUGCAUUUGUGUGGGACUGACAAAGAACCCAGAUUAAAACAAAACAAAACAAAACAAAAUGCCAAGUUGUACUUGAGAAGCCUCCCUUAGUAUUUGUCCAUUAUGCUUCAAAGCAGUAGGUAGGAAAAAGACAACAGCUUUCUCAACAGCUAGAAACACUAAAUACCAAAGAAUUUAGUUAGUUGUUUUUCUUGAACUUUGAUCAUUAAAAAACAACGUUAAUUAAAAUUUUAAAUAUUCUAUUCACAUUAUUUGAAAUACUCAAAUGCUUGAAAAUGCCCAGAGAGUUGACUAGAUGUUAGAGAUAGUUGCUGUUAUGAAAGUUCCAGCUGAUGGUAUUCACUACUGAUUUCAACUGUCACUGGAGGAUGAGGAGAGUGGGAAUGGCUUCCUCAAGGGCGGUGCUGUGAUGGCAUUAAAGAAGGAAGAGAGGAAUGCCCUGAAGUCAAAUGGUGACUUUACAUAUCUCCAUAUCUAUCCAUAUAUCUACAGUUGCGCAUUUAAAACGGUAUAUAAGACAUUUAGAACAGCAUAUACACAUAUAAUACAUAUAUAUAUAUAUACAUGUAUAUUCUUCUAAUAUAUUAAGUAGCAAAACAAAUAUAAGCAUCCAUUCCCAAAUCAAAUAUAUUAAACUUGGCCUAGAAAAAUUUUGAAAAGCUUUUUGAAACUCAGAGAAGAAAAACUUCUAUGUGAGUAGUUGUUUCCAUAGUAACACAAAGAAAAUACAUUCCUUUAAAUUGGAGAAUUUAGCAAAGUUGGGAUGACCUUUACAGGAAAAGAAUGUGUAACAUCUAUUUAUCACUUUUCCCCUCCUCCCCCUCCUUUCUAUGUUCCCUUGAGGAAAUUGCCUGGGAAAGUAUGAAGCUUAAUGCAAGAGCCCUGUGGUGCUUGCAUUUUCCUCCCCUGGUAUGGAAAUAGAGCUACAGUUGUAAGUGGUCUGGGAUGUAGGAGAAAGGUGUCAGGACCAUAUUGUGGUCAAUGGAGCAGGAGUAUCUGCUCCUUAUUAUUGAGAGAAACCUACGUGUACCCUAGGUACUAGCCCAUAACCUGGUUUUCUGCCUGUGUUUGAUGUAGUUUGGGGUUAGAGUCAAAUUAAAAUUAAAAAAAAGACCAGGGAAAAGAUACAGGCCAUCCAUUCUUGGGUAAAUUAGGAAGAUAAUUAGGAAGGUAUUUCUCAUGUUCGUUAAGGCUGUGGCUGUUCAUGGGGACAGCAUACACACACACACUUUCUCCUAGACAGGCAUCUUUCAAAUGAGAGUCAAAUGCAUGAAAAAAUAUUUUAUUAUCCUUUCUCAUAUUCUGUGUGCUACAAUUCUUUAUUGUAUAAAUUGUUCUUUGACUUUUGCUGGUAAUACAUAAGAAGAAUAACUUGAUGUGAACAAUAAUUUGUACUUACAUCCUUCUUGAAGUCAUGGAAUUUAUUUGGCUGAUAUGUUCUUUGUACACAGUCCACUUCAAUAAGAUGAGCUCAGUUAUUGCUUAAAGAAUAGUAGAAAUCCAUUAGCAAAUCCAUAGAUAAACUAUAUCUUCCAGGGUUUUGCCAAAUUAUCUAGACUAUCAUAAAAUUUCUGGCUUGAUACUCACUCAUUUCAAUGGCCACAUAUAUUUUUGGAAAAUGAUUUAUACUCUUGAAACUAGAUCCUCUAGCAGAUCAUUUCUUCUGCUUCUUAGGAAUUUAGCAUUUGGGAGGGAAAAAUGGUUUACAAGAACAAGGGGAAGAAAGCUGAGAGGGGCAAUUCUAACAAAGUAAGGGCCCAGUCCUAUGAAAUUGCUCCAUUGGCUAGGAGACAUUUAGGAGCAGCCCAGCUUGAUGAAAAAUCAAACUGCGUCUUGCUCUUGUUUUGCGGAUUUGCUGGGAGGCAUUUUGUGACUCAUAAAUGCAGCUCUAUGAGUAUUCAUUUUAACUUCCCAUAGAACCUCUACUAAAGAAGGGAGCAAACGUGGAGGGCAUCCUUCCACUAUUUUAUUCACGGGCACCAGAAAGAACUAUCUCUAACAUCUAGUCAACUCUCUGGGCAUUUUCAAACAUGCAAUCAUCCAAACUUGAGAGCUAAGCAACUCAGUGGAGGCUUUGGAUGUCAGUCUUGGUGUAAGUUGGUAUACUCUGUCGAAAUUGUCACUAGGCUUGUCUAGUUUAAGUCUCUUAGGCCUGCAUUCUUUACAGCAUACACUUAACAUUUUCUUGGUGCAAGACCCUGGUCAGCAAUUUAAAAGCUAUUACUUGUGUUAAACACACUUUUUACCAAAUAGUUCUUGGCAAAUGAGAGCAAUUGAAAAUUAAAGAGAGGAUUUUCCCAGCAUCAGUAAACCAUCCUGGAACUGAGGAGGUCAACCCCUCUACAUGAGGAGACAUCUGUGACUCUGAAUGAAAACACAGCAGCAAAUGAGAAAUAAAACAUACAAAACUAUUAGAGUUUUAUCCUCAAGUUACCAUUUAAUAAUGUUUUCCUAAUAGAUAAGCUGCAAACCACCUUAUCAAUACCCAGUUCAAUAUGCUUCUUGCAGGUUACUUCUCUCACUAAAAUUGUUUUUCUUCCCCACCCACUGUAUUUUACAUAGGCAAUAUUGAGUAUAUUAAGAGCAUUUCACUUCUCAUCUAGGAUGACAUACAGGCUAAAGUAUAGACAAAAGGAAAGGAAACACUGAAAAUUUUGUCACAGAAGACAAGUAAAAUGAGUGAUGUUUGCUAAAUAUUCUUUUUAUAUCAUAAUGUAUCUGGUUUUAAGGAAAAUCAUUUUGAGAAUAUGUAGUGAGGAGACUGGAGUAGAAAUUUAAGGUAUAUCAAACUAUUUGUCACUUAUAAGUUUUAAAUUCUGAACCAAUUAUGUUUAUUUCCUGAUUUUUGUAUACCAUGUUUUAUGUACUGUGACUCGUGUUUCUUGGUAGUGGAACAACAAAUAAUUAUCUGUAACCACAACCACAGUAUUAUAUUAAAUAUAUCUAUGUACUAA